AUGUCGUCCCUCACUGACGUUUGCUCCGUGGCAAACGUGCAGGCUGCCCUUCCCGCUAAUGGCACAAUCCUCGGCGUCAACCUGAUCCCUUCCUCCGUCACUGCUGCCGUUGCCAACUCGUCGGCCAGCUCAGGCGGCAUGGGCGGCAUGAAAAAGCGAGAUACCAGCUCCCUCUACUGCAAUGUUACUGUCCAAUACACCCACACUGGUAAGGACGACUCCGUUCUGUUGUGGUACAGCUUCCCGGAUCCCGAUGCUUUCGAGAACCGUUUCUACAUCGGCGGUGGCGGUGGCUACUCCGAGGGCACCAGCAACCCUACCGGCGGACUCUCCUACGGAGCCGUUUCUGGAUCAACCGACUCUGGCUACAGCGGAUUCGAAAACAGCCUCGAUGAAGUAGUCCUCAACGGAAACGGUUCUCUCAACUGGGACAACAUCAUGAUGUUCUCUUACCAGGCCCAGGGAGAGACUGCGUUGGUUGGAAAAGAGAUGGCAAAGGGUUUCUAUGGUCUGUCUUCUGACACCAAGAUCUACACCUAUUUCGAGGGAUGUUCCGAUGGUGGUCGUGAGGCCAUGAGUCAAGCCCAGCGUUACGGUGAUGUCUACGACGGCAUCGUUGCCGGUGCUCCUGCUUUUCACCACGCCCAGCAGCAGGUUAACCACCUCACUUCCUCGGUCACCGAGGUUGUGGAGGGUUACUUCCCGCCCCCUUGCGAGAUGUCCAAGAUCGCCAACGCCACUAUCGCUGCUUGUGAUCCCCUGGACGGCCGAACUGAUGGCGUUGUGGCCCGAACUGAUCUUUGCCUGCUCAACUUCAACUUGACCUCCAUCAUCGGCGAGUCCUACUACUGUGCUGCUUCGACUAGCAGCUCUCUCGGAUUCGGCUUCAGCAAGCGUGCUGCGGGUUCCACGACCAGCACAACUCCCGAACAGAAUGGCACCGUCACUGCCGAGGGUGUCGCUCUGGCACAGAAGCUCUACUCUGGACUGACCCUCUCCACCGGCGAGCAGGUGUACCUCCCAUGGCAAAUCGCUUCCACUUUCGAUGACGCUGCGACAACCUACGACAACACUACCGCAUCCUGGGGUGUCACCAUUCCUUCGACCGGCGGAGUCUUCGUUGCCAAGUUUGUCGAGCUCCUCGAUGAGGACAAUGUGCAGAGCCUUGACAACGCGACCUAUGAGACGCUUUACGAGUGGAUGCAUGCCGGCUACAUCAGAUACUAUGACUCCCUGCAGACCGGUUACACUGACCUGAGCGUCUUCAACAACAACGGUGGCAAGCUGCUCCACUACCACGGCGAGUCCGACCCGUCCAUCCCGCCUCCGUCCUCCGUCCGCUACCACGAGGCCGUCCGUGAGGCCAUGUACCCCAACGUCGGAUUCAACCAGUCCGUCUCAUCAAUCUCCGACUGGUACCAGUUCUACCUCGUUCCCGGUGCGGCCCACUGCGGCACAAACUCGCUGCAGCCCGGCCCCUACCCUGCAAACAACAUGGACACCAUAAUCAGCUGGGUCGAGCAGGGUGUUACGCCCACCCGCCUCAACGCCACUGUCUCUAGCGGUGACUACUCUGGCGAGGUGCAGCAACUCUGCCAGUGGCCCACACGCCCAGUCUGGACCAGCGACACAGCCUUCAACUGCGUCUUUGACCAGGCAUCUUACGACUCCUGGCAGUACGACCUGAACGCUUGGAAGAUCCCGGUCUACUAA